AGUCUCGAGGGCAACACAUGGAGCAGUGUCAGGACCAUCUAUGACUCCUUCGCUUCCGCCGAUAAACUGUUCGCCGAGAAUUUCCUCUCCGCCAAGAGCACCGGUGCUGAAAGCAGGACAAGUCCGGCUGCCCUUGACAUUCCUAUUGCGUCGGCGGCAGCGGAGGAGGAGGGUGCGCCUGCUUUCAAUCUGUCGAUUCCGGCGGUUGCUGUUGUCGCCUCCCAUCUGCUCCCCUUCUUUCCCGGUUUACCUGCUCCUGCCUCUGAUGCCGCCAGUAUCAAACCCAUCUACCAGGUGCCCUCGAUAGACGCUCCUGAACCAGAUGAUCCCUUUGAUGACAUUUACCUCGCCAUGACUAUGAAGGAGAAGAGAAGGAAGGUGCAGGGUCAGUUAGACCAGGUCUCUGCCAAGGGCGAUGAAGGCGUUGUGGAUUCCAAACUGUCCAAAGUCCAGGUUGGUUGCGCUUCGUUGUUUUCUGAAAUUUCUUGA